AUGCAAAAUCAAAGUUUUGUAACAGAGUUUGUACUCUUGGGGCUUUCACAGAAUCCAAAUGUUCAGAAAAUAGUAUUUGUUGUAUUUUUGUUUAUCUACGUUGCAACUGUUGGGGCAAAUAUGCUAAUUGUUGUGACCAUCAUCAGCACCCCGGCACUCAUGGGCUCCCCCAUGUACUUCUUUCUGGUUUUCCUAUCCUUCCUGGAUGCAAGCUUCUCCUCCGUUAUUGCCCCGAAGAUGAUUGUGGACUCACUCUAUGAGAGAAAAACCAUCUCCUUCAAGGGCUGCAUGACUCAGCUCUUCGCUGAACACUUCUUAGCUGGAGUGGAGGUGAUCGUCCUCACCACCAUGGCCUAUGACCACUAUGUGGCUAUUUGCAAGCCCUUGCACUACACCUCUAUCAUGAACUGGAAGCUCUGUGGCAUUCUGAUGGGGGUAGCCUGGACAGGGGGCUUAUUGCAUUCCACGAUUCAAAUUCUCUUUACUGUCCACCUGCCCUUCUGUGGCCCUAAUGUCAUUGAUCAUUUCAUGUGUGAUUUGUACCCAUUAUUGGAGCUUGCCUGCACUGACACUUAUGUCCUCGGCCUUUUGGUAGUUGCCAAUAGUGGGUUCAUCUGCAUCAUCAACUUCACCUUGUUACUCAUUUCCUAUUGUGUCAUUUUGUUCUCACUGAGAACUCAUAGCUCUGAAGGUCGUCGAAAAGCUCUUUCCACAUGUGGAUCUCACAUUACUGUUGUGGUUUUGUUCUUUGUUCCAUGUAUAUUUGAGUAUGCACGGCCUCCAUAUGCUUUCUCCUUCGAUAAGAUGGUGGCCAUAUUUUGUACCAUCCUAACUCCUCUGCUCAAUCCUUUGAUUUACACUUUCAGGAAUAAGGAUGUUAAAAAUUCUAUGAGGAUAUUGUGGACCAGAUUGGUGGUGGUUUCUGAUGAAAAAUAA